AUGGCGGAAUUUAACCCUGCUCUCGCCACUCUCGCCGCAAGCCCCGAACAUGAGGACCUGCUAGCCACGGAGAAGGCGCUCACGGGGAACGUGCGCGAGGACGCGGAUGUGAUUAUAACGAACCGAGCGCUUGCGGCGGAGGGCGGGGAGUCGCCGCAUGCGCGCGCUGUUCGCGUUCUGGCGGAGGAGGACUUUCUCUCCCCUGGGGAAGCGGAAGGGGCUGCGUUGGCGGUGGAGGAGUAUAGACGGAGCCUGAAGAAGAACAAGGGGAAGAAGGGGAAGAAAUGCAAGAAGGGGAAGAAGGGGAGGAAAUGCAGGAAGGGGAAGAAGGCCCUGAAGGCGAAGGCAAAGAAGCUGAGGAAGCAGGCCAAGGCUCUCAUCGCCAAGGCUAAGGCGCUCGAGAAGAAGGCCAAUGGACAAUGCAUCUUUCACCCGCCCGUAAUGUACUAUUCCAUGUUUAAUCUACGGUACGAGUAA